AUGCCUCUCUACCAGCCCCCCAACGUGCACGAGCCAGUGCUCAACCAGUUCUCCCUCAAGGGCAAGAUCGCCGCCGUCACCGGUGGCGCCCGCGGCAUUGGCCUGGAAAUCGUCCGGGGCCUGGCAGAGGCCGGCGCGGACGUGGCUCUGCUGUACGGCACCAACGCCGAAGCGCAGGAGACUGCAGCCAAGAUCGCUGCAGAGACUGGCCAGCGCGUCGAGGCCUUCCAGUCGGAUGUCACCAAGCGCGAUGUGAUCGCUGCCACGCUCAACCAGGUUGCCGAGCAGUUUGGCCGCGGCCGACUGGACAUUGUCGUCGCCAAUGCCGGCACCUGCACCAAUUCUCCCAACCUGGAAUAUACCGAGGAGACCUGGGCUCGGGACAACCGAGUCAACUACGACGGCGUGAUGUGGACUGCCCAGGGAGCCGGCAAGAUCUUCAAGAAGCAGGGCAAAGGCAAUCUGAUCAUCACCGCGUCUGUCAGCGCCAUCCUGGUCAACAUCCCCCAGACUCAGGUCGCCUACAACGCCUCCAAGGCCGCGGCCGUCCAUCUCGCGAAGAGUCUGGCGGUCGAAUGGACCGACUUUGCCCGCGUCAACUGCAUCUCGCCGGGCUUUAUCAUGACCAAAAUGCUCACCCAGCAGCCCAAAGAACUCUUCGACCAAUGGAUGUCCAUGAUCCCCGGCCGUCGUAUUUGCGAUCCCGCCGAGCUCAAGGGUGCCUAUGUGUUCCUCGCCAGUGACUCGUGCUCGUACAUGACCGGAUCGAAUAUUGUGAUUGACGGUGGUUACACGCUGCCGUAA